AUGUGUCGCCGCAGUAAGAUAAUUGAGUUGGCUUUAGCUAAAAGUGAAAUAACUAACAGCAAUGCUGAGGAAAACACAACAAGUCACAAUGACAGAGUCGUUCCGGUGAAUGAACAAUUAAUGUUGAACAUGCCACCAGUUUUUGUAGAAACAGGUGAUGAGUUGUUAAAUUUUAAAUAUAACCUCCGACAACGUACUCCGGUGAAAAUACAGAACAAUCUCUCAAUAUUUAAUGGAACAGAAGAGGUUUACUCACCAGUAGUUUCGGAAUACCUACCGCCUAUAGAAAACGGCUCUUCAGUUUUAACACCAGAUGCUGAUACAGAAUCAUUAAAAGAGCAAGAUAUAGAAAAUUAUAAAAAUCACGAAAUCGAGGAUGCUUUGCAGGAAACAGGUUCUAUUUCCGACGACAAGCGAGGUCGCAAUGGUACACGAAAAAAUGCGAUACCGGACCAGGUAAAAGAAUCCAUCCGGUACCACAUUUCACAAAUGCCAUUGGUAGAUUCGCAUUACGUGAGGAGCAGGACAUCUAAAAAGUAUCUCGAUGAGCAAUUGAGUUUACCAUUACUUUAUAAACUUUAUUUAGAAUGGAUGAAUAAUAACUAUUUCGGUCAAGUGGUAGCUACUUUGAGGCAAUAUAGAAAGAUAUUUAUGACUGAUUUCAACAUAGAUUUUAAUAAACCGAAAAAAGAUCAAUGCACCCGAUGUGAUAUAUUUAAAAACGCAUCUGAAACAGAAAAAACAAAUUUAAAAUAUAAAAAAACAUUACAUAUUGCUAAUAAACAUGUUGUGAGGGCAUUGAAGGAUUUUGAUAAACGCCGGGCUGAACAAUCGGAUACUGUUGUAGCCGCUUGUUACGAUUUGCAAAAAGUAUUGAAUACCCCACAAUCAGAAGUAUCACUUUUUUAUUACAAAAGAAAACUAGCUACCUACAAUUUCACCAUAUUUGAUAUGGGCAAACGUAAGGGGUAUUGUUACGUAUGGGACGAGACUAUCGGACGUAAAGGUUCUAACGAAAUAAGUAGUUGUGUAUUUGAUUUCAUAAAGACCAAGGUUGAGGAAGGGUACAAGGAGUUCAAUUUUUAUUCUGAUAGUUGCGGCGGUCAGAAUAAAAACAGGACAGUUUUUGCAAUGUAUGCAUAUGCUACUAAAAUAUUCAACAUUAAUAUACAUCAUCACUUUUUUGAAGUUGGCCAUUCCCAGUCAGAGAGUGAUGCUAUGCAUGCACUUAAAGAGCGCCGAAAGAAAAACAAAAUUAUUUACAUUCCUCAGCAAUGGGUGACAUUAAUCAGAUGCGCCAAAUCCAAUGGCGAACUUUAUGAGGUCCAAGAAGUAAGCCAAAGCAUGAUAUUAGAUAUGAAACAGCUAUUGUCUUAUUAUAAUAACUGGGAUCAAGACCUAAAUUAUACAAAAGUCUCUUGGAGUAAAAUAAUGCAUAUACAUUUUAGUCGUGAUUUACCGCAUAUUAUUAAAUUUCAAGAUGAUUCGCUAAGUGAUUAUGAAAUGACUAUAGAUUUGCUGCAGCAGAAAACUGUUGCGCUUCGAGCAUCAAAACGAAGAUGUAUUAAAGAGAUUCAAAGUGAUUGCAUAAAAGAAUUGCCUAAGACUAUUGCAAAGGCUUAUAGUGCACCUCUGCCUCAUCUUUAA